AUGAGUCUUUGGGGAGAUAAAUACCGUCCAACUACUUUGGACAAAAUGUCAUACCACAAUGGACUUUCAAAACAUCUUUCCCAACUGGCUUCACACGACAACAUGCCACAUUUGUUGUUCUAUGGACCUCCUGGCGCAGGCAAAAAAACACGUUUGACAGCUGUGCUGCGUGCGAUUUAUGGACCAGCUGUUGAAAAGUUGAAAAUAGAGCAAAGAACAUUUGUUACAACAGCAAGCCGAAAACUGAACUUUACUGUUGUUUCGAGCAACUUUCACAUUGAGCUUAAUCCAAGCGAUUUAGGGAUCUACGAUCAAGUCAUUAUGCAGGAUGUCAUUAAAGAUGUUGCUCAAUCUCAACAGAUCGACACUAAUGCAAAACAUCAAUUUAAGGUGAUAGUUAUUGAUCAAGCCGAUGAAUUAACAAGAGAAGCGCAAGCAGCUUUGCGUCGAACUAUGGAAAAGUAUACUUCGAAUAUGCGUCUGAUUAUGUGCUGUACCAGUCUUAGCAAGAUUAUUGCACCCGUAAGAUCCCGUUGCUUGCUAUUGCGUGUCUCUCGACCUACAGUUGAGAAUGUUACCAAGGUCCUUCAAAAGGUGGCUAAAGAAGAAGGAGUAAACCUGCCGGGUAAUUUGGCAGUCAAAAUUGCAGAGCACAGCAAAUGCAAUCUCAGAGCUGCUCUGUUAUCUUUUGAAAGUAUGGCGUCUCAGCAUCCUGAUUUGACGCUGAUUAAUCGGGUGGAUACCCUGGAUUGGGAACAUGCUAUCUCAAAUAUAGCAGAUGGAAUUCUUCAAGAACAAGCAGUUUCGAGAGUAUUGUCUGUUCGUGGGGCAUUGUAUGAUUUGUUGAGUCAUUGUAUUGAAGGCACUGCUAUUAUUAAGUAUCUCACUCUGAAUUUGAUCAAACACUUGGACGAAGAAAUGAAGAGAGUUACAAUUGAUUUAGCAGCUAAGCAUCAAUAUCGUCUGCGUCUAGGCAAGAAGGAGAUAUUCCAUCUUGAAGCCUUUGUUAUUGAGUUCAUGCAUGAAUAUAAAACGUACGUAAAAGAAUAA